AUGUCGCCAUACAAGUUGGUGUUUUGGAAGGCGUGCCAUUUGCUGGUGGAGUUGGAGCAUAGAGCUUGGUGGGCACUGAAAUUGUUGAAUCUCGACAUGGAUGCUGCGGGAACAAGUAGAGUCACGGAGUUGCAUGAACUUGAUGAGUUCUGCUAUCUUGCUUUUGAGAGCACAAGAUUGUACAAAGAACUAAGGCUAUUUCUGGGUAAACUAAAGUCACAAUGGUCAGGGCCAUUUUGUGUGGUUGAAGUACACCCCACUGGUGCUGUAGAGAUUGCCGCUGAGAAUGACUCUUGCGCGUUUAGGGUCAAUGGGCACAGGUUAAAACAUUAUGUGGGCAUGGAUGAAGCAAAGGAAGUGUCAGUUACCCAUUUGACCGAGCCUCAGAGGUCGAGCGAACCUUAA